ACCAAAUCUAACUUCACAUCACAAAAUAAUCACAAAACAAAACAAUUAGUCAUAAUCUCGUUUGUUUGAGUUUGUGUUGUUCCAAAAAGAUGAGUCAAGAGCAACCUCGGAGGGAAGAAGAAGGAAUAAAAUACGGAGAUGUAUUCAACGUAGAGGGUGAUAUUGGAAGUAGGACGGUGGCGCCGGUGGAUGCGGCAAUGAUGCAGAAAGCGGAGACUCAGAUGCAUGGGAAGACACAAAAGGGUGGCGCCGCUGCUUCCAUGCAAUCGGCGGCAAUGAAAAAUGAGAGAGAUGGAAUUGUAGGGCAUAAUGAUAUGAGUGAAAAUGCUGCUGACGGUGGUGUGGUGGAGCAAUUAAGUCAAAAUGCACCAAUGAAUACGAUGACACCAGCUUCUCUAGUUAAAGACAUGAGCGCUGGAGCUGAUGGAGGGGUAACCAUAGGAGAAGCACUUGAAGCCACUGCUUUGACAGCAGGGCAGAAACCUGUUGAGUGGAGCGAUGCAGCUGCUAUUCAAGCAGCAGAAGUCAGAGCCACAGGGCGCACUAACAUCGUCCCUGGAGGUGUUGCCGCGGCAGCACAAUCAGCUGCAACUCUCAAUGCUCGAACCACAAAGGAAGAGGACAAGACCAAACUCGGUGAUAUUCUUGCGGACGCGACUACAAAGUUACCGGCAGAUAGAGCAGCGACAAGGAGAGAUGCCGAAGGGGUGACGGGUGCAGAAAUGAGAAAUGAUCCAUAUCUCACUACUCAUCCUGGAGGAGUGUCAGCAUCAAUGGCAGCCGCAGCUAGGCUUAACCAAAAGAAUAACAACUAGUUGCUACCUAAGUAGUUAGCUACCUUAUAUAUGUAUAUUAAUGGUUAUUAUGCUUUUCUGCUUAUGCGCGCCUAUGUUACUUUCUCUAAUAUAGAGAGUUUGCAUGUUGGUUAUUUACUCCA